AUGAAAUUAUUGUUAGUUUUCGCAUUAUGCGGUUUUGUGGCAGCCGCUCCAAAUGUCCAGAAACAUGAAGUUAUUGUUGUGGAAAAUUCAUCAAAUGAGAUAGAAAAUCAGAACUGGAUGGUAGAUGCACUAAUUAAUCAACUGAUCAACAUUAUUCGUUCGUUAAUUAAUAAUGGCAUCGGAAUCAUUGGCAUACCACCACUAGAUCCUCUGACUUUAGACAACUUCCAUCUAUUAAUACCCGCUGGGCUUAUCAACCUAGAUUUGCAGUUGAAGAACAUCUUCGUAGGCGGCUUAGGCAAAUUUGUGGUUCACAAAAGCAAACUCAAUCUGAGAGAUCUCUCAUUCGAUGUCGACAUUUCUGUACCCCGACUAGAUAUCAAGGCUGGACUAUACAAUCUAACUGGAGAUCUGUUGACCGCAAUUCCUAUUUACGGAAAAGGAAAAGCCGAGUUUGUAGUCGAGGACUUUAGAAUAAAAGCGAUAUUUUUCUUAAAACAGUCGGAUAACGAAAAAUCUGUAAUAAUUGAUCGGAUUGAAGGAGCAACAUUUGAAAUCCCGUCUUUUAAGUCCGAUUUGGAUGGAGUAAUCGGUGGAGGUGACAUAGACACUAUUGUGAACGCGAUCGUGGAAGAAGUUCUCGUGGGCUAUGUGAAUCGCUUCCGUGGUGCCAUCUCUAACAUUGCGGCCACACUAAUUAUCGUCAUCGGAAAUCCAAUUUUAGAACUUUUCGAUACCUGGCAAUUAAUCGCUUCACUUCUGCCUCGGCCUUAAUUAAUAUUUACUUGAUAUUAAAUUGAAAUUCAUAAAUUC